CCGUUUUUCUUGUCAUUUACAUUCACCGCCUUUGCUUUUCCAUUUGCUGCUCUCCUCUUUAGACCAUUGUCAUUUCUAUACUUUUUUACGCACUGACUUUUUUUUCCCUUUUUGUUUCUCUCCAUCGCCAUCAAACCAAUUUCAAUCUCUCAGUUCUUUUGAAUUUUUCAACUCCCAUGGACAGUCUCAACUUUGACAGACGACUGCGUCUCUCCAAUAAAAAAGCACCUGCUUCACCUACUGCCCCACGUUGGGGUCCCAAAACCGACCUGCGAACGCCACCAGACGACUCGGACGUGGCUUUCAGCGAAGAAAGCUUUCCCAGUCUGACGUCUUCGCCGGAUGAUAAGAAGAAACGGUCGGUGUGGAACGAUGCCAGUACGAUGAAAAAGAAGCUUUUUUCACCAUUGCUUUCGCCCGACGGCAGUACGGAUCCUUUUGCCGGUAUGAAUUCAUGCGUGAAUUACCAACAAGAAAUCGAACGCUUGAAAGCAUUGGUGCCCAAAGUUGAAGGUAAAAAACGGUCUGGCACUCGGAAUAGGCCUACGGGCUCCGAUCAACCUCCGUCAAAUUCUGUGAAACUGCCACGUAGUGCCACGCCUAGCGGAACCAACGUCAAACCGGUCUCUACCGUUCCCGCCGUGACAACGCCUCCUCCUCCUCCCACUUCGUCCUCUUCUUCGACAGGCUUGCCUACCUCUCAAUCCACUACCGCUCCACCAUCCUCAACAACUUUUACUACACCUCAUCAACGGCCAUCCACCUCUGGCGUCACGAGCCCUCGCACCUCUUCUCGAUCCAUGUCGCCUACCACGUCCUCUGGCCACUCAACACCUGACGAAAACAGUGCACCCAACAACGGUACUACUGAGCCCGUCAUUACAGAGGAGGAAAAGCUACGAUUCCUUGAAUUUGUACGAAAUUGGACGGGUGGUUGGAACGGAUGGGAUAGCAAUUUGCGCAGUUUCGAUAGUGUGCGAAAAGGAGGAUCCUUGUGGGCCGAGCAAACACCGUGGAGUUCUGCCUCCGAUCCUCAACGACAUUCACUCCAAGAAUCCCUACGUAAGCGUGAAAAUCCCCUGGUGAUUACCAUGCCUAAACGAUCCAUGUUCGAUAUGACCCGAUCCGAACCUUGCACUCCCAUGACCGAAUCUAGCGACACAUAUUGGCAAUCGCCGUUGGAUGACUUGCAAAUGAAUCAAUCCUCGCGUAGGCCGUUAUCACUGAACCCUACUGAUUCAUUCCACGAUUUUUAUCGAGACGAUCCAUUACGUCGUGAUCCCAUGCUGCAAUCACUUCCUUCUCCUCGUCGCGAUUUAAAUCACCAUGUUGCAGCGGUUGGAACCAUUGGCGAUCGACAUUUUCAUCAUCGUCGCAACAACUCUGAACAUGAUCUUACACGACGGAAAGCCGCCAGUGGUAAUGGCGCAUCUUUCGGUGUCUCCGUCAUGUAAAAACCCAUCGUCUUUGAACAACAUCUCAUACGUCCUCACACACACCCGCCCACCUCGCUCUCUCUAUCUCUCUCUCUUAUCCUUCUGUUCUCCGUUCUUACCUGUCACUUUUUAUAUCUCUCACUCUCUCUAUUCAACCCCAAUCAAUUUUCUACGCUUGAUCAUUUUAUUCUUUUUUUUGAUAUUCAUAGUUUCGUUUUUCCCCUUUAGUUUGUGUUUUUUUUCUCUUUAUUCAACCUUUUUUUUAGAAGUC